AUGAGGCUCGCCCCGAGCCUGUGGAGUCGGGCCCUGAGCGUGGCUGCAAUUGGAGUGUGGGGAUUUUCGGCUGCUAGGAUUCUAGGUUUUAAUAAGUAUGUGAUAAAUGUGAAAACUCUACAGUUUUAUUUUUACUUUUUUUGGAGCAGCACCAUAAUUAAGAGAGCUGUGUACUACAUUGCAUCAUCUUUCACAUUCAGAAUAUUUGGAAUUUUCCUGGUCUUUGUGGAUGUGUCCCUGCUCGUUGCAGAAGAACUUACACCUGAAGCCUCAUUCUAUACUCUCUUGGGAUAUCAUUCCAUUUCUUUAGCUAUUGCUUUUUUUUUCUUAUUUGAUGUUCUUUUUAGAGUAUAUGUAGAAGGGAGACAGCAUUAUUUUUCCAAUUGGUUAAACUCCUUAAAUGCUACCAUUGUUGUGAUGAUUCUGCCGAUUGAUAUUAUUUCCAUGCUUUUUGACUUUGAUGAUAUUGAGGAUAUCCCCAGAUUUUUUUUAUAUCCUCUACGAUUUAUCAUUUUGGUAAGACUUUUCCAUCUAGCUUACCAAAAGAGACAGCUUGAAACAUUGACCAGAAGGAUGGUUUCUGGAAACAAACGGAGAUACACUAAGGAUGGAUUUGAUCUAGACCUCACUUAUGUUACUGACCGUGUUAUUGCUAUGUCAUUCCCGUCUUCUGGAAAGCAGUCUUUCUACAGGAACCCUAUGAAGGAAGUCGUGCGGUUCCUGGAAACUAAGCACAGAUACCACUACCAGGUCUACAACCUAUGCAGUGAAAGAGCUUAUCACCCUAAGAACUUCAAUUAUAGAGUCCGUCGAAUCAUGAUUGAUGACCAUAAUGUCCCCUCUCUGAGGGAAAUGUUGGAAUUCUGCAUUGAAGUAAAGAAGUGGCUGGCUGAAGAUGAUGAAAACAUUGUGGUAGUUCACUGUAAGGGUGGCAAAGGAAGAACUGGAACUAUGAUUUGUGCCUACCUUCUUGCCAGCAAAAUGUUCUUAACUGCAGAGGAAAGUCUUUUUUAUUUCGGAGAACGGCGAACUGAUAAAACCACCAGCGCUAAAUUUCAGGGAGUAGAAACGCCUUCUCAGAGUAGAUACGUCGUCUAUUUUGAGUCCAUGAUAAAUGACUACAACUUGACUCUCCCUCCAAUAGUCACCCUCAUGAUAAAGCAAUUCAUUAUCUACUCGAUCCAUGGUGUUGGAAAAGGCAAUGGAAGUGAUCUAAAACUACAGAUAAUAAUGGAGAAAAAGGUUGUCUUUUCCUGUUCUUCUUCCAAAAACUGUAAGAUAUAUCAUGAUGCUGAGACAGACAGAGUGAUAAUUAAGCUACAGAGCUGUCCACCUCUGUACGAUGAUGUGAAAGUGAAAUUCCUAACUCCAAAUAUUCCUACAUACUAUGAUAACUGCGCAUUUUUCUUUUGGUUCCAUACAUCUUUUAUACAAAAUAACAGGCUUUAUCUUUCAAGAAAUGAUUUGGACAAUCCCCAUAAACCAAAGACAUGGAAAGUUUACCGACCAGAGUUUGCUGUUGAGGUCUACUUUGACAAUCAGUCCAUUAAGGCAUAGCUGAGUUAGUGUAGUUCCCCUGUAGGGUAGA